GAUGUAUUUGAAGCCUAUCCCCAAUGUGCACAGAAAUGGUCUUCCGAUUGCCAUGUCAGAUUAAGAAAGUGGCAGAUCUGUGCCCCUCUGUGACAUCUCCUGUGUUCCAGCAGGACUGGUUUCAUGUGCUGUCAGAGUACAUGCUGACACAACAUACAACCUUUAUCAGGAGGCAAGUCAGGAAACUGAUGUUGUACCUGUGUGGUUCUAAGGAGAAAUAUCGCCAGCUGCGUGACCUGCACGCUUUACAGUCACACAUGGGCCAAGUCAAAGAACUUUGUGAGGAAGGGGGUUUUAAGAAGGAUGGGCUACAGACAGCAGUUAUCAGCCUUCCGUAUGACAAACUCAUCAUAAUGAUGGACCACCUGAAGGCAUGUACAGAGGUGGCUGCCACUCGAACCAGUAACUGGCAAACUUUCUGCCAUCAGGACAAGACCGUGGUUUGGUUCCUGCUGCAAGUGUCCUUUCUCCUGGAUGAGGGUGUGGCUCCUGUCCUCCUACAGCUGCUGUCUGCAGCAUUGUGCUGUACACCCCCAGUCAAACCAACCAGCACAGGGUCUGCUAAACACAGGAAGGACAAAGAACUACAGGGUACAGAUGACUCAGUAAAUGAAGGACAGCAGAUGUGUCAGUCUAUUGUACAACAGCUCCUAGCCAUGGCAGACAGCUCUCUAUGGGAGCGUUUCAUCCACUGCUUCCUGCUACACUCCAACUCCUCAGCAGUGCGCUGGCAGGCACACUUGUUGUUAUUGAGUAUCUUCAGCUAUGGAAGUGCAGAAGGACAAAACCUGCUGUUAGACCUGAUGUGGGGAGUCUGGCCUCAUCUUCCUUCCUAUGGCAGGAAAGCAGCACAGUUCGUGGACCUUCUCGGAUACUUCUCCCUGAAGUGCACAGCCUUCAAGGAAAAGGCCAGCAGCUACCUGACAAGAGCCUUCACUCUUCUCAAACAACAGAACAGGGUGCUGACAGACCACUGCAAUGCAAACAUUUACAAUUUGCUGUCUGGUUUGGUAGAGUUUGAUGGUUUCUACCUGGAGACUGAUCCAUGUGCUGUGUGUAACAACCCAGAGAUGCCAUUUGUGAGUGUGAAACUGUCUGCUGUGAAAGUAGACUCCCGCUUCACCACCACUACCCAGAUCAUCAAGCUGCUCUCACCUCACAUCAUCUCCAAGAUCGCUGUCAGACUUACCGACCUGAAGAGGACAAAAAUGGUGCGAACAGUUCACAUCUACUACAACAACCGUACUGUGCCAAGUAUAGUGGAGCUGAAGAACAGACAAUAUAUGUGGCAUAGGGCAAAGAAGGUUGUCCUUUCACCCGGUCAGGCAGAAGUCAAGGUGGACUUUUUGCUGCCCAUCACUGCCUCCAACUUGAUGAUAGAGUAUGCAGAUUUCUAUGAUAAUCUCCAGGCCUCAGCUGAGACACUCCAGUGUCCCCGCUGCAGUGCCUCUGUGCCAGCCAACCCGGGGGUUUGCAGCAAUUGUGGGGAAAAUGUGUUCCAGUGUCACAAGUGCCGGUCAAUCAACUAUGAUGAGAAGGAUCCCUUCCUGUGCAACAACUGUGGCUUCUGCAAAUAUGCCAAGUUUGACUUCACAUUAACGGCAAAGACUUGCACUUCAGUAGAUUCUGUGGACAAUGAAGAGGAUCGCAAAAAGGCUAUAAGCACCAUCAACAGUCUGUUGGACAAAGCAGAUCGAAUCUACCACCAGCUGAAGGCCCACAGACUCGCUAUCGAAGGUCUGCUGGCCAAGACGUACGGACAUCCGGGAGACACUGUUAUGGAGGAGCCAAGUCCCGGAGGCAGCACCUCCAGUUCUGUUAGUAAGAUCAUCCAACAGCUGGCUCACCGUUACUGCACGGACUGUAAGACUGCAUUUGAUGAACUGAGCAAGAUAAUCCAGAAAGUCAUGGCUCUGAGAGAGAAACUACUGGGGUAUGAUGAGUUCCAGUCAGAGGGCAGCCAUCUCAGUCAGAUGACUUCAUGUUUCCCUUCACGACCAAUAUCACCACACCCAUGGACUAGGGAAAUUCAGAAAAGUCGUUGCUAUGGUUGUUCUUCAGCAGCAGUGCAGCUAUGUGUGACACUGUUACGUGCACUUGCAACGGAGACUUCCAACAGUGGAGUCUUGGUCAGCCAGGGUCUUGUUCAAGAGGUGAUGUCGUUUAACUUGAAACGGGGGACUCCAGCCAUCAGGAAGGAAGUACGUCAUCUGCUGUGUCUGCUGACAAGGGACAACACUGUGGCCACACAAGAACUGAAUCACAUUUUACAGAAGCGGAUUGGAUCAGCACUGAAAGCCCACAGAACAAAGACAGAGUUGGGAAGUGCUGUGUGUCAUGAACUACUACUACUCGCUGAUGCAGUUGAACUUGAAGGAGACUGUUGGGAGGAGCAUCUCAGAUGCACUGUCCAGUUGCUGAUGCUGGCAAUGCAGAGUUCCAAUCCCACAGUUGUAGGCAGCAUUACCUUGCCCUGCUUACAGAUCUUGCAAUGCCUUAGCAAGCCUCCACAACCUACAUCCAACAAGAACAAGGAUAAAUCUGUAUCAGAGCUUGGGAGCCGGCUGUCCCAAGGAGCCCAGGUCUAUGUUCAUGCCAAGAGUUGGCUGGAAGGAGACAGUCAGCUGGGUACAAGUCAUGAAGGAGAGAGUUCCACAGAAAGACUAGUGCUUGUGCAUCAAUGUGCUAGACCGCAGCAGAAUGAGAGGAAAGCAGAGGUUGAUGCUCAUACCAAGUACCUGAUGGAGAAGUAUGGCUGGCGUUGGCAUGAAAAGGUGUUUGGUCCUCCGAUCAAGUUGACUCUCGGCACAAAUGCCUGGAUCUACAGGAUUGUUUUCAACCCUGCCUCUCAACAGGCUCGACAAGCAGCCUGUGACAUCAUCUACACUUUUGCCCAGCAACAAGAGGAACGGUACCAGCAGGUGUUGGACCUCUUAACAAGGUUUCUGUGUGAAUUGGGGGCCAUGGGAGAGAAUGGAUCUGAGUUCAUGGCAUUAUACAAGAAGCUGUCUGCACCAAAGGAAUGGAAAAAGUAUCUUGCCAUCAAGGGACUCUUACCCCACCUGGGCCAUCUCAUCACCAAGGAGGUUGAAGAGCUUACUCUUCAUGAGGAGAAACAGAAGGGCUCCGACUUGACAAAGGGCUGUGCUCUCAAGAUGCUGACAGAGUUGCUUGCUUCUCUGGUAGAUGUGGAAGUCAUCAAACAGCAGUACAAGAAACGGCUUGUUGGUGUUCUUCUCCACGGAUACCUCUGUUUGCGGCGGCUCCUGGUACAGAGGACCAAAUUCAUCGAUGAGACCCAGGAGAUGUUGCUGGAACUGCUGGAAGACAUUUCAACUGGAAAUGAAGUGGAGACCAGAUCGUUCAUGGCCGUGUGCGUGGAAACCUUACAGAAGUACCCUCUGUCUGACCUGGUCACUCCUGUCUUCAUCUUUGAACGUCUCUGCAACAUCAUCUUCCCUGAGGAACAAGAGGCCACAGAAUUCUUCAUAACUCUUGACAAAGACCCUCAGCAGGAAGACUUUCUUCAAGGCCGCAUGCAAGGAAACCCAUACAGCUCUAAUGAGCCUGGUUUGGGACCCUUAAUGAGAGAUGUGAAGAACAAGAUCUGCCAAGAUUGUGAACUUGUUGCCUUACUUGAGGAUGACAGUGGUAUGGAGCUACUGGUUAACAAUAAGAUUGUAAGCCUGGACCUGCUGGUUCAAGAUGUCUACAGGAAGAUAUGGUGUGCAGAGCAUGAGGGUGAAGCCAUGAGAGUGGUGUACAGAAUGAGAGGACUGCUUGGGGAUGCUACAGAAGAAUUUGUGGAAACUUUAGAGAACACUGCAGAUACUGAGGUAGAUACUGAGGAAACCUACAAGCUUGCCUCAGUACUUAGUGAAUGUGGAGGUCUCCAGGCCAUGUUACGGCGCUUUUCAUCAAUCACAGAUUUAGUUCGUGGAGGAGAUUUGCUUCAAGUGUUGCUGAAGUUGUUCAGCUAUUGUGUGAAGCUGAAGGUGAACAGACAGGCACUGAUCCAGCCUAGCCUCAACACUCUUCCCAUCAUGCUGGGAACUCUCAACCUGGUUUUGCAGGGUGAGCCUGAUGGUGGAGUGGGUGGAGCAGGGUCUCUUGCCCAACAACUUCUGUCAAUCAUGGAGAUGGUUCUUCAAGAAGCCAACCUGGCUGCUGACAGCACUGGCAAUAAGACCAAUGUCCUGGCAUCAGUGGAAAGAUCUCAACUCAUCCUUCUCCUGGAGAGCAUCAAUCGACCGUUUGUGCGAGCCCAGGCUAAUGUUCUACAGGCACUGAUGAGGCUGGUGCCAUUUGUAGCAUUUGGAGCUGAGGAGAAGAUGACAGCUCUCAUGGACCACUUCAAGCCAUACCUUGCCUUUGAAAGGUUUGACCAGGACCACACUGCUGAUGAUGAGACUCACCUGGACUGUUUCUGUCAGAUCAUGAAUGCCAUUGAGAAGAGUCCCAAUGGUGAGAGACUGAAGGACCUCAUGAUCAAACAUGGCGUGGUAAAACUGGCUAUAGACUACAUCACAUGCCAUGCUCCAUCAUCUGCAAACCUUGACUCUGAGUCGUGGAAAGAGUUUAUUGCAAGACCAGCCCUUCCCUUCAUCCUGCGCAUGCUGACAGGUCAGAGCCAGGGACACCCACAGACUCAGCUGCUGGUUGGAGAUGCCUGCAUCCUGGUGUUCCAUUGUCUGGAGCAAGUGUCCAGCAAGGAGCGGGUUGGUUCAUUGGCUGAAAAUCUAAUGGAGGCAUUACGGGAAAAUGAUCAGGUGGCCAGCCAGAUCGAAGAUGCUCGUCGGCAGACACGUGCAGAAAAAAAGAAGAUGGCAAUGGCAAUGAGACAGAAACAGCUUGGUGUCCUUGGAAUGACUACAAAUGAGCAAGGUAAAAUUGUGGCCAAGUCUGGAGUACUGAAACAGAUGGAGGAGCUGAUAGAUGAGGCAGGACUCAUCUGUUGUAUUUGUCGAGAAGGGUACAAGUUCCAGCCUAACAAGGUGUUGGGUAUCUACACUUUCACCAAACGUGCUACCCUGGAAGAGUUUGAAAACAAGCCCCGCAAGAUGCAAGGGUACUCCACAGUGACGCACUUCAACAUCGUUCACUAUGACUGUCACAUGGCAGCCGUACGGCAUGCACGAGGACGGGAGGAGUGGGAAAGUGCAGCACUACAAAAUGCUAACACCAAGUGCAACGGACUUCUGCCUGCAUGGGGCCUUCAGGUGCCCGAGUCAGCCUUUGCCAGCUGUUUGGCCAGGCACAACACUUAUCUCCAAGAGUGCACAGGGAUUCGGGAGCCCACGUACCAGCUGAACAUCCACGACCUGAAGCUGCUGCUGCUCAGAUUUGCCCAGGAAAUGUCCUUCAGCGACGAAAGUGGAGGGGGUGGACGGGAGAGUAACAUGCGGGUUGUUCCUUACAUGAUACACAACUGCCUCUAUGUCAUCAACACAACACGGGCUGUCCCCAGGGAGGAGAAAACAAUCAACACUUUCCUGCAGGCAACUCCAGAUAAAUGGGUGGCACUCAGUUAUGAGGUUGAUGGUCCACUGUACCUGACACUACUGGCUCUGCUGGUCCUCUCACCAGAGCGGUGGAAAGAUGUCCGUCUCCAGUUCCUGAGCAGACUGAUUGUUCUAGCUCAGGCCAGACACCUUACACCAGGCGGAACCAGCAGACUUUCCAGUGUAGAAGUGCAGAGCUUUGCAGUCUACAAGCCUGUACUGAUUUACUUUGGGCUGAUUGACUGUCUCUACAACAUGCUCCAGAAAGUGGAUGUGUCCCAACCUGGAGAUUGGUCCAAAGCUUUGGCUGCUUAUGUCCGCUCCAAUGACCAACAUGUUCUGGAGACAGCAGACAAGCUGUUGGAGAGGUACCAAGAACAGAUGCUACCUGUCGAGUCCAUUGCGGAGUAUCUGGAUGUAGUCGGCUUGCUGGGAGAGAUACAGAAUACAGACACUUUUGUCAGCAGCAUCUUGGCUUCAGUCAACCAAUGAAUCCAUAUGGCUGGCCUAAGUACAGUAAGUGGACCGGCAAGGCAACUGCAGUGCUUUGAAGUUCAUUCUUGAAUAGAAUCUUAAUCUGCCGCAUCUGCAAAGUGAAUACCCUGUAGAUGUGUGGUCUGUAUUGUAUUUGUGCCUGGAUUUGCUAUGGACAUGGACCAUUUGCAAUUGUGUCGUAAGACAGCUGCCACGUGCAUAGCAGUAACACAACAAGUCAUCAACGUCAAUUACAGUUAACAUGUAGAAGUGUGAGUACAGCUUUUCUGUGUCCAUUGAAGUGAAAAGACCUAGAACAUGUUAGGGUUCGUACGUAUAGUGUUUGUACAUGUAGUUGCAGCUAAUAUAUAUUGAAGCUUUAGUUUCAUUUGUGUAAUGCUACAAAACAGGCAGAAAUUCACUCCUUCAAGCAAACUAGUACUGCAUAAACCUGUCGAUAGCAUUGAUAGCCAAGUGGCCAGGAUAGCAGACCAGGAUUUGAUCCUUGCUACAUGUUAUGUGCUUUGGAAGGCACUUCACACAACUUUCCUCACUCCAUGUGUAAAUGGGUGACCUGACUUUCUUUUGGGAGGUAAAAAGGUGUACAUUGUAGUAGACAGGUGGGCUUUGCCAUCCAAAGCAAAGUGGAUAAACAAAAAUAUUAUGGGACCUUUAUCUUUUUUUUCUUCUUAGCCCAGUUGAAAUAUAGUAGUAAAAUGAUGGUCCAGGGUGAUUUUGCAGUGAAGCUAUGAUAAACCAGUAUCAAUAUGACUUUUAUGAGAAGGUAAUUUGAACUGCUAAGAGAAACCUACAUGCAUGAUAAGUCAGUAUAAACGAUACAAUGUAUCAGUCACAAUGACUGAACCAGUAGUAGCUCCUCAAACACAAUGUACACUCAGCAUAUACAUGUACAUGCAGAAAUAGUCUGGAACAGCGGAUACAUGUCUUGUCAUGGAAUUGAUGUGAAGAAUAAACAAGAAUAAAUACCAACUAGUGUUGCA